UAUAUGUGCUAUCAUUACUUAUUCGUGUUUCCGGGAUACUUGGCAGGUUACAAAUUCCUUGUUUUACACCAUACUUGUACUAAGUUUAAAAUGAACCAGCAUAAAACUCACAUAAAACCAAUAUAUUGUUAAUUCUCUAAGCUGAAGACUUUCUUUAUAUGGUAUAUACACCUUUUAGUAUAAGAACUCAAGGACUAUAAUAACAGUGCAUGGCUUGUCCUUUGAAAUUCAAAACUCAUAGCUAAGAAUAGAAGUGUUCGUUUUUGGGUGAAACAUGUCUAAAAUAUAGGUGGUAAAGGAUUUUCCAGAGGUUAUGCCUCUGGGAAAGGCUAUGUUGCAAUGCAAGAAAUCAAGAGGCCAAUGAACUGCAUCUGUUACCAACAAAAUUUAGUGGUAUAAAUACCAGUUGCAGCAUACGACAAUCACUACAGACUGAAGAUGUUUUGCAAGGACAACGGUGCAGUUCAUGGCCUCCGGCUUCUGCCACUGCUAAUCGCCAUGCUAACGGCCAUCCUGAUGAUGGUCACACCGGGCAGCGGUCACCAGCUGCCCCCCGGGAACCACAAGUUGUGCGGUCCCGCCCUGUCCGAUGCCAUGGAUGUGGUCUGUGCCCACGGCUACAACUCGCUGCCCCAGAAGCGCCGUGUCCUAGUCCCCGCCAAUGAUGAGGAGGAUAAUGUGUGGCAAUCACUGGCCGGGGCAGGCUACUCCUUCAGUCCCCUGCUGACCAACCUGUACGGAUCCGAGGUCCUGAUCAAGACGCGUCGCCACAGGAGGCACAUGACAACCGGUGGCGUCUACGACGAGUGCUGCGUAAAGUCCUGCACUUACGAGGAGCUAUCCGCCUACUGUCUGCCCAAAUAGAACACUUAAACCACUCAUUACCCAGCAUGCAUUAACACUCAUAUACCAUAUAUAAACCAUAUACAUACAUACCGACAGCAUUUCGUAAUCCGAUUCGUAAUCACUUAUUUAUGCAGCACCA